AUGACGUGUUCAUCAGCAAGAAAUCUCACAUCGACGGUUAACUGGAUUUUCCCCAACGGCAGCAAUUUGUCUGUCAGUGAGAAUGCAAUGUCUAAUGAAUUCGUCCAGAGUUCACUGAUUGUCACAGAACAGGAUGGAGGUCAUUACGUAUGUGUAUCAAAUCACAGUAACAAAAUUCAACAGACUUCCAUCAACGUGACAGUGUUCGUAAAACCAAGAAUUCUCAAACCCAUCGAAAGUUCUCUAGACGUUAAAGUAAAUACAACAAACAUCUCCUUGCCAUGUACUGCUGUUGGGUUUCCUCCACCUGAUGUAUAUUGGUAUCGCCGAGAAAUGCAGUUGUCUAACCUAUCAUCACUCGGGCACAGAGUUAGCAAAACUAUGACUAGAACAAAUUUGACUCUGAACAAAGUCGUAUGGUCAAGCCAAGGGCAAUAUUCAUGUCUUGCCAGAAGUACUAUAAACUCUAAACAAGUUUCAGACAACAAAACCAUCACCUUAAACGUCCUCAGUGAUAUUGAAAUUCAUUCGGUCAACUCGACAGCUGACGGAUUUGUUGGAGACACACUACAGUUGUCAUGUUCGGUCACAGGAAAAAGUAAACACGUUCUCGGUUGGAAAAACGUAAAGACACAAAAAAUUGUAAACAAAACAGAAGAGAAAAAAGAAAUUUUGCUUACUCUAACUAAUUUAAAAAUCAGUGAUGGAAACAAGAAAUAUAUCUGCCAAGCAAACAUUACACAAAACCAACAAACUAUCAAUUCGACGAUGGUCACAGUACGAGUUUUAAAUCGGGCACUAAAGUUCUUCAACAAGAGUGUGUUCGUGGGCGAAAAUGCAAGCUUAGAGUGUAUCGGUCAAGGAAGGCCUCGACCAAUAUUUGCAAUAACGCCCGAAGGAACUUGGACUGCAUCUGCAAAACCGAAUAAGGCAGUAAAACCAACUGUUGUUGCUGUGAACAAAACACUUGUUGGUGUUGAAAACUUUAGUCUUAUGCUGUCUGUCUACAUUCGUAAUGCAUUUCCAGCAGUAAAGGCAGAAAGUAUAAUUUGGACAAACUCAACUAGUGGUGAUCCUUUCAACACUGGCACUAGUCUUAGUGGUCCAGAACCUUUCUAUCAAUCAUAUGAUAGUAUGAACAUGGUUGCUAGCUUGUUAGUAAAGAACAUCAGUUUGGAUUCAGGUGGUGGAUACAGGUGCACAGCAACUAAUGAGGCUGGAUCUGGAAGUGAAGUAGUUGUAAUAUCUAUACAAGGUCCUCCCAAGUUUGGAGAGAGACCAAGUGACACAAAUGUUCUUGUUGGUGACACUGCUAUUUUGCACUGUCAAACAUUUAAUGAGCCAGUUGCCAACUAUGUUUGGCAAAAGGGAGACUUGCCUGUUUCUGAUGGUUCUGAUUCUCGAUUCAGUUUUAGUGAGCCUGCAACAAGUGAUGGAACACUGGUUAUUGCUAAUGUGACAUAUGAUGAUCGUGGAGAGUAUAAGUGCACUGCAACAAAUAUACAUGGAGUUGUGGCUGCUAGUGCUAUGCUCAAUGUCCAAGUCCCACCUGUAAUCACAUCACCUCCAGUUUCACAGACGACCAUUGAGCCAGGUAUCACUGUGUUUAGUUGCAUUGCAUUCGGUCAACCUCCUCCCAGUAUUUCAUGGAAGAGAACAGUAGCUGAGAGUUCUGUCGAAGAGACUCUGACAGUCAGUGGAAGAUUUUCUAUUGACUCUAAUACCUCACUCAUUAUUACAUCGACAAGAUAUGAAGAUAGAGGGACGUAUACAUGUAUUGCAAUGAACAAUCUAGCUGAAAUGAAGAUGGACAAAUCGAGCACUCAGUUGGUUGUAAAUGUUUAUCCAAAUAUUACGACAUCACCUCAGAACACAACAAUUGUGUCUCCAAGUGAUAUUGCUCUUAAUUGUGAAGCAAUUGGUUUUCCUAUACCAAGUUUAUUGUGGCAACACGAUGGUCAAGAUAUUUCUCCAAAUGAUCAGAAACAAAGUGUUCAAACCAACCAGAUAAUGUCUGAAAUCAAAGUGAAAUCAAGUUUACUUAUUAGAAGAUCAGAAUUCAGAGACAGAGGAAUGUACAGAUGUCUUGUCAGCAAUUUGGUAGGGCACGAUGAAGCAAGCAGUGUUGUUACUGUUCAAUAUAUUCCAUCAAUUAUCAUCAGUCCAAUUUCAAAGGCUGUGAGGAAGCCAGACGUUGUGUCAUUGCAGUGUAAAGUAACAGGUUUUCCACCACCAUCAAUUGAAUGGGUAAUGAACAAUGAUACAAUGCUUCCUAACACAUACAAAGUUAAUAAAGCAACAGGGGUAGACAACACUGGAGUGCCAACUCUUUCAAGCAAUUUAACACAAAGAAUAUCUUGCAAAGUGUAUCAUCAAGACCUGUUCAACUCACUGUAUUGGCUCAUAGCUGAAAUUACGUAUGAGCAACUACUAUUUUUUGCUGUAGAGGCACCAUUUGCACCUAUCAACAUUAUCGCUACUGAUGUGACGUCAACAUCUGUUUCACUGAAGUGGAGUCCUUCUUUUGAUGGCAAUAGUGCAAUAGUUCAAUUCAUUGUUCAGUAUGCUGGUGGUAUUGACAACACAAAAUGGUCAGCUGGUGAGAACACUAACAGCCAACAGCCAUUGUAUGUUGUCAAAAAACUACAUCCAUAUGCAAACUACACGUUUAGAGUGGCAGCCACAAAUUCUAUAGGAACAGGUGACUUCAGCAAUUCUUCUUCUGUGGCUCUCACACGCCAAGACAGACCAUCUGGGACGCCAACAAUUAUAUCUGCAUUGACUGAGAGUUCUAGGUCGAUCCGGGUUCGAUGGUCACCUGUUCCGUUUUCAGAUAGAAAUGGAAUAAUUACGCAACAUCGUGUGGAGAUUCGGGAAAGAACUAGUACACAGAGUCUGGAACCUCCUGUCUAUCGCAAUGCAAUAAAAGAGGACACAAUCUUGGUGAUGGGUCUAGAGCCCUACACAACUUAUAGUUUUCGUGUUGAAGCUUCGACUACUGUUGGUGCUGGUGGUUUUAGUUCACCCGAAGAAGAAAGAACACAAGAGGAUGCACCUGCCGGUCCUCCUUUGAACUUGAAAGUCACGGCUGUGAAGUCAUACUCAACACUUGUGAUGUUGACAUGGAUGGAGCCUACAAUACCGAAUGGUGAUAUCAGAAAUUAUACAAUUCAUUAUGUGAAGAGCAGGGAUUCAUCAAUGACUGGAAGAAUUCAAACACAGAAUGAUAGCACCAGCGCUUUAGUUGGUGAACUGGAGUUUUACACGGAUUACAAUUUUACUAUUCAAGCAUUGACCGUGAAGUACAGUGAAAGGUCUAACUCUGUGACUGCAAGAUCGGGAGAACAUGCCCCAAGCAAACCUUUGAAUGUUCGCUUUGAUGAGACAAGGACAACUCAAACCAGCUUGACUGUGGAGUGGGAACUCCCAGCUAAUUUAUAUGGCGUUUUAAGAGGAUACAGAGUUAUGCUGACAGCAAGAAAGGCUUACACUGUUAAUGGUGAAGAUAAGUCAGUAGUGCUGAUGAAUAGAACCGAAACUCCCAGUGAAACUCAACGGUUUCAAUUUGAUAAAUUGACACCAUACACUAUGUACACAGCUCAAGUUCAAGCUCUGACUAUUGCGUAUGGUGAUGUUAGUGAUCUAGUUUCUCAUCGAACUCUUCCAGAUAGUCCUGUGAGGCCUCUUCCACCACUUGCAAUUAGUCCAACGCAACUUCAGUCAAAUCCAGAUCUCGCAACUACCAGCACCUCAUAUGCCAUUUACUUGAACAGAGGCUCAACUCUGAAUGGACUCAUAAGUCAUUAUCAAGUCGUAGUUCUACAGCUGAUACAGAAUGAAACUGAAAAGAAAAUGGGAAUUCGUCCUCAACAACCAACUAGGUCACCUAAUUCGUAUUCCUUUUCUGAUUUGAGCACGUAUGCUGAAGCUCAGCAGCAAGUGUUUCGUGUUCCAUACAUCACAGCAGAGUUUGACUAUUCUCUAUUCCCAGGCGAUAAUUUUUUUGUAGUUGGGGGAAGCAGUCAGCCAAAUGACAACACUAGAUAUGCUAAUGGACCGGUUGAAGAUGGGAGCUUUUAUACGACUUUUCUAAGAACAUAUACGGAUGCCCCGAAUGCAAGGAGAAAGCGAGUUGCUUUAAGUGAACGCCAGUAUACUGUUUAUAGUUCGAGUGACUGGAGUUCUGUGGUGCAAACUGAGACAUCAUCGUCAGGAAAUACUGGUGCAAUUGCUGGCGCUGUGGUAGCAGUCAUUAUAGUCACUACUAUUUUCAUAGUUGUUCUCGUCGUGUUCUUGCGCAAACGUGCUCGUAAUGCUGAAAAGAUGUAUAAGACUGAGGCAGACUUUGGGGGAACUAGUGGAUCAAUGGAAGACGUUACUGGUGAGGUUGCUAGAGUUGGUACUCCAUCAAUUCGUCUCAGACAUCUAUCAACAGUAAAGCGAAACCCUGCAGCCGUGACAUAUGAAGGUCCUGCUCCCAUACCCAUUUCCAAUUUUGCAGACCAUGUUGCACAAAUGCACGCAAAUGGCAACUACGCUUUCAAGCAAGAAUACGAAGCUAUUCAGAAGCUGUCACCGAAACACCCAUCUGAAAUCGGAAGUUCCGAACAGAAUAAAACAAAGAACCGCUACGCCAACAUCACCUGUUUUGACCAUACAAGGGUCAAGUUGAAAGAACUUGAGGGUCAGCCAAGCUCAGACUUUAUCAAUGCCAACCAUCUAGAUGGUUAUUCAAGGAGUCGUGCUUACAUUGCCACACAAGGUGUUAUUCCUGGUACUGUGGGUGACUUUUGGCGUAUGGUGUGGGAGAACAAGUCAAAGACAAUUGUAAUGAUCACCAAGUUGAAAGAACAGGGAAGGGACAAAUGUCAUCAGUAUUGGCCCGAUAACGAUGAGACUGCUUAUCACGGUAGUUUGACAGUAAAGAAUGUUGAUGAAGUCGAAUUGUCUGAUCACGUUGUGCGCACAUUUGAAGUGAUCAAUGAGGAGACUGUAGAGAAACGCACAGUGAAGCAGUUUCAUUUUAUCAUGUGGCCAGACCAUGGGGUUCCUCAGUUCUUCUCUCCACUUUUGGCUUUUCUGUCUCGUGUCAGGUUGUACAAUCCGAAAGACGAUGCUGCUGGUCCACUUGUUGUUCACUGCAGUGCCGGUGUUGGUCGAACUGGUACUUUCAUUGUAAUCGACGCUCAGUUGCAGAGUGCUGCUAAUGAGAACGUAGUCGAUGUUUACAAUUAUGUCACCAAAAUCAGAGAGCAACGCAACUUUAUGGUGCAAACUGAAGAUCAGUAUGUGUUUGUUCAUGACGCGAUUCUAGAAGCACUGCUGAGUGGAAAGACAGAAGUCUCUGCACAAAAUCUGAGGAUUUACGUUAAUAAUCUGAGAAGAGUAGACGAUGACACAGAAAUGAAUGGCUUCGAAAAGCAAUUCAAGCAACUUGCUAACUCGCGUGAACGAGCUGGUCCUCAAAUGUACAGGCAAGCCGAGUUGCCGGCUAAUAAGAAGAAGAACCGAAUGGUCACCAUUCGACCAUACGAUUUGAAUCGUGUGUGUCUCCAGGUCAGUCCUGGGGUGGAAGGAUCCGACUACAUCAACGCAAGUUUUAUUGAUGGCUAUCAGCAACAACAGGCCUUCAUUGCUGCUCAAGGUCCAAUCCAGGAGACCGUUCCUGACUUCUGGCGUAUGCUUUGGGAAAAGAACUCGAGCACAGUUGUUAUGCUUACCAAUCUGGUUGAGAAAGGACAAGAACGUUGUGCUCAGUAUUGGCCCACAACACAAGCAGGUCGUUUUGGAUCUCUGCUGGUGACUCUUGAAAAUGAAGUGAAAUCCAACAAUUACAUAGCAAGAGAGUUCACUGUUAUGAACACAAAGGAAAAUGAAUCUCGAUCUAUUACCCAAUUUCACUAUACAACUUGGCCUGACCAUGGAGUUCCUGAUAGCGGAGCUGGAAUUUUGGAUUUGAUCGGGCAAGUUCAGAAAAAGCAGCAAUUGUCUGGUAAUGGACCGAUCACGGUGCAUGACAGCGCUGGUGUUGGACGUACGGGAGCAUUUAUUGCUCUUAGCGUAAGUGUGGAGCGCCUAAAAGCAGAGAAUACGGUCGACAUGUACCAGACAGUUAAACUGCUGAGAACACAGCGUCCACAUAUGGUUCAGUCAACGGCUCAACUUCAGUUUUGUUAUGAGACCCUUGUUGAGUACCUUGAUUCUUUUGAUAUCUACAGCAACUUCAAGUGACGUACAUUUAUGUUAAUGGCAGCUUAUGUUAUUGUUUGGACGUGAAGCGACGCUGAUUCCGAGCUAACUUUUCAGUAUUUUUACAUUUUUAGUAAUGGCUUUUUGGUGGUGCGAAGUAUUUGUAUUGCUAGUAUUUUACUGCUAUGGCUGUUGCUGUUAGUGACGAAUGUUGUAACAGAAUCAAUGUUAUAAUUGUG